CUGCGCUGCACCGUCCAAAAGUACAUGUGGGGCAAGUUUGGGUGCGACUCGCUCGUCGCGGCCAUCGCAAAGAACAACGACACCGACCUGACCGUGACCGUGGAGGUGCCGCCCGCCGAGCUGUGGAUGGGCACCCACCCGUCUAGGAGCUGUCUAGGAGCUGUCUACGGCAUGCCUCCUCCAGGUGCCGUACGCCGAGCUGUGGAUGGGCACCCACCCCUCGGGCCCAAUGGGGACGGCGGCGGCGGCAGCAGUACCCGGCUGCCAUUCCUGUUUAAGGUUCUCUCGGUGCGGACGGCGCUGUCGAUCCAGGCGCACCCAAAUAAGACGUUGGCGGCCAAGCUUCACCGCGAGAAGCCGCAGCACUACAAGGACGACAACCACAAGCCCGAGAUGACCAUCGCGGUCACGCCCUUCGAGGCGCUCUGCUCCUUCCAAAAGAUCAACUCCGUGCUCGAGAACUGCAGGGCGUGCCCAGAGCUGGUCGCCGUGGUCGGGAGGGAGGCUGUCGCCGCCCCGGCAGCUCUUCACACCUCCCGGCUGCGGGAGGCGGUGGUUGUGCCGGCGCUGAAGCGGGUCUUCACGCGGCUGAUGACGGCGGAGCAGGCGCGAACUGUCUGGGAACUGUCUAGGUACUUGCUCCACCACCUCGUGCUCGAGCCGUCUAGGAACUGUCUAGGAACUGUCUGGGAACUGUCUAGGUACUUGCUCCACCACCUCGUGCUCGAGCCGUCUAGGAACUGUCUAGGAACUGUCUGGGAACUGUCUAGGUACUUGCUCCACCACCUCGUGCUCGAGCCGUCUAGGAACUGUCUAGGAACUGCGCUCUUCCUCAACGCCAACGAGCCGCACGCCUACCUCUUCGGCGACUGCAUCGAGUGCAUGGCCGAGUCGGACAACGUGGUGCGCGCUGGCCUGACGCCAAAGUUCAAGGACGUGGACGUGCUCUGCGAGAUGCUCACCUACGACGACGGGCCUCCUUACAUGGUGCCCCCGCUGCUGAUCGACGGCGGCGCCGAGCGGUACAUCGCGCCGGUGCCCGAGUUCCUCGUGGACCGGGCGAUGGUGGAGGCGGGUGGCGCCGUCCUCCUGCCCGCGUCGCCCUUCGUCUCGAUCGUGGUGGUGGUGGAGGGGCGCGGGGAGCUC